AUGAGACUCACGGCCGAGCUUGUGCACAACUCGCUCUCAUACCUCAAUCCGCUCAAGGAGCGCGAACUUGACCUGCGAGGUCACAAAAUCCCUGCUCUGGAGAACCUAGGUCUGGUCACGAACGAAGAUGCCAUCGACUUUACCGACAACGACAUUCCUGCUCUCGCAAACUUCCCCAAGAACCACAGACUGAAGGCUCUAUACCUUGGCCGAAACCGCAUCGCCGCCAUCUCGUCCGGCCUGCACAACUCUAUUCCAAACCUCGACACUCUGGUCUUGACGCAGAAUUCUCUAUCCGAGCUGGGCGACCUUGAGCCAUUGGCAGAACUGAAGAAGUUGACACAUCUGACCCUGCUGGACAACCCUGUCGCCUCUAGAGAGAACUACCGGUACUGGCUCAUCGCGAGAUGUCCAUCCGUCCGAUUCCUCGAUUUUCAGAAGGUCAAGGAUGCCGAGCGCAGUAAAGCUGCUGAGCUGUUUGGUACAGUCGUAGAGCCCACCGAUCUUGCCCAGAAGAUUCUCUCUGCACGUUCUUCAAGAUCCAUCAACUCCAAUUCUUUGACAGCCAACGCGAACGCUUCCGACAAGAUUUCCCGUGUCAAGUUGACCGACAAGGAAAGAAAGCGCAUCGAGGACUUGAUCCGGAACGCGAAGACUCUGGCCGAGAUCACUCGUCUGGAGAAGGCUCUCAACGAAGGCAGAAUACCUGCGGGAGUCCUCGACGAUGCCAUGGACACUUCAUGA